GCUGUGCUUUCACUUCACAUCGUUGGAUCCUGCCGGGACAGCCCGAACACUUGAGGGGGCCAACGUAUUUUGGAGGGUUGACAAGCUGCUAAAUAGCCACGUAGACGGGCCGCACCAGUCCACCAGCAGCAGAGGCGAGAUGAUGCGACCGACAGCCAGGCAGUAUGUGGUGACCAGGCCGCUGUACUCCGAGGACGCGUUUUCAGAGGAGCACGAGAAGAUUUACAGGCACCGCAAAACCCUGCUGGACCACUUGAAGGAGUACUUCACAUGUGAUGCCAAACGUGCCAAGAAUGCAGCUCUCUCUCUUCUGCCCAUCAUCGGCUGGAUGAGAAUUUACCGAAUCAAAGAGUGGCUGCUCAGUGACAUUGUGUCUGGCAUCAGCACCGGGCUGGUGGCCGUCCUGCAAGGUCUGGCUUACUGCCUGCUCGCCUCGCUGCCGCCCUGGUACGGCCUCUUCUCCGCCUUCUUCCCUGUCGUCACCUACUUCUUCCUGGGCACCUCCAGACACAUCUCAGUGGGUCCGUUCCCGGUCUUGUGUCUGAUGAUCGGCGCCGUGGUCACCAGGCUGGUCCCAGAUCAGGGUCCGCCAGCCAACAUCACGGGGUUCGAGGGCCUGACGAGAGAUGAGCAGAGAGUGCUGGUGGCGUCUUCGGUCACCUUCCUCACGGGUUUGAUGCAGCUCACCAUGGGAGUCCUGCAGGUGGGUUUCGUCGUCAUGUACCUGUCCGACACCCUGGUGUCCGGCUUCACCACCGCGGCCGCCAUCCACAUCCUGGUGUCCCAGCUCAAGUUUGUUUUGGGGUUGGAGGUCCCAGGCUUCAGUGGACCGCUCUCCAUCAUAUAUACACUGGAGUACAUCUUUGGAAAGAUCGGCCAGACCAACCCAUGUGACGUGGUGAUUUCCAUCGUGAUCAUGGUGGUGGUGUUCAUCGUGAAGGAGAUAAACGACAGAUUCAAAUCCAAGUUGCCAGUGCCCAUCCCCAUCGAGGUUAUCAUGACUGUCAUUGUGUGUGGGAUUUCGUACGCGUUCGACUUCAAGACAAGAUUUGGCAUCGAUGUUGUUGGCCACAUUCCCCAGGGGUACGAGUCUCCGGCACCCCCAAACCUGCAAAUCCUCCAGGGGACUGUGGCCGAAGCGUUUCCUAUGGCCAUCGUGGGUUUUGCUGUGGCUUUUUCUGUGGCAAAGGUCUAUUCUGUCAAGCAUGAUUACACCAUUGACGGAAACCAGGAGCUGAUAGCCUUCGGGGUCAGCAACAUCUUCGGAGCCUCUUUCAAGUCUUUCACGGCGAGUACGGCGCUUUCCAGGAGCGCCGUGCAGGAGAGCACAGGAGGCAAGACUCAGGUGGCCGGUCUGCUGUCCGCCAUAAUCGUGAUGAUCGUCACCUUGGCCAUUGGAUUCCUACUGGAGCCGCUUCCGAAGUCGGUGCUGGGCGCUGUGGUCAUCGUCAACCUGAAGGGCAUGCUGAUGCAGUUCAACGACAUCCCGUACCUGUGGAGGAGGGACAAGCCAGACUGUGUUGUGUGGAUAUUGACGUGUCUGGCGGCCAUCUUGCUGGGACUGGAUCUCGGGCUGGCGGCUGGCCUCGGGGUGGAGCUGCUCACCGUCGUCCUCAGGACUCAGUUCCCCCGCUGCAGCGUCCUGGCUAAUAUCAAGGGAACUGACAUCUACAAAGACAGAAAGGACUAUGUCAGCAUAUAUGAGCCAGAGGGAGUGAAGAUCUUCAGGAUACCCUCACCCAUCUUCUUUGCCAACAUUGAGUUUUUCAGGAGCAAGCUGGUCGAGGCUAUCGGAUUUAACCCGCUGCGAGUGUUGAGAAAGAGGAACAAAGCCCUGAGGAUGAUCCGAAAACUUCUGAAGAAAGGAGACCUGCAGUGGACGUCGAAAGGCUUCCUGAACACAUCGUGUGGACCCAUCAAGGAGUCAGAAGACGAGAGCAACAUGGAGGAGCUGGACCUGCCCACCGACUUCAAGGACCUUCCUGUGCGGAUCAACUGGAACGCCGAGCUUCCCGCCAACAUCCAUGUUCCCAGAGUGGAACUGCACAGCCUGAUCCUGGACUUCGCUGCCGUCUCCUUCCUGGACAUCUCUGCGCUGAAGGGACUCAAAACGGCGCUGAAGGAGCUGAUCCGGGUUGAAGUUGAGGUCUACAUUGUGUCUUGCGAUACAUACAUCCUGGAGAAGCUGCACCACUGUGGCUUCUUUGACGACGAAAUUCAGCCCUCCAUGUUCUUUCUGACAAUCCAUGACGCCAUGCUGCACAUCCUCGAGAAACAUCCAGAGACGACAGAAAGGAAAUCUGAGUUAGCAAAGGUCGUAACAACAGCCACAGUUCACCACCCCUUCAAUGACGGAGGCAGGUGGAGGAGCAGAGACAGAAGUGUACCAGAUGGAGAAACCAGGUUCUGACUUGCGGACGUGAAGACAACGGCAUCUGUCAGAAAACACCGAGCGCCAAACGAAGGACGUUAUUACAGUUCAUCCCUGUAGAAUAUGCUUACACAAUGAAUUACGAGAUAUUGUUGUUUGAGAUUCUAAGUCUAAAAAUCCAAGUUUACACACGAUAUUUAUUUUCAGAGAUGAAACUGUAAUGUAAAAAA